UUCUCCCCCCUUCCCUUCUUCCCUCUCCUAAUUUCCAGGAACUUGCUCUCUCUCUCUCUCUCUCUCUCUCUCUCCCCGAAGUCUCAAACUCUCAUUUCUCAACCCAAUCUUUCAACCCCAAAAACCAAAAAAAAAAAAAAAAACUCCUCAUUUUGAAACACAUGGAAGAAACUCAAGUCAGAUUUGUAAUCCCAGCCUCAGAGGCCGAAUCCAUGGCCCAAAAAGCCAACCUCCCUUCCGUCCUCCACCUCCUCCCUUCCCUAGUCCCUUCCGCCCAGCGCCUCGCCCGCCCACCCAUCUCCAACUUCCACGUCGGCGCCGUCGGCAUCGGAGGCGUCUCCGGCCGCGUCUUCCUCGGCGUAAACGUCGAGUUCCUCAACCUCCCUCUCAACUACUCCAUCCACGCCGAGCAAUUCCUCCUCACAAACCUCUCCCUCAAUGCCGAGCCUUCCCUCUCCCACUUCGCCGUCUCCGCCGCCCCCUGCGGCCACUGCCGCCAGUUCUACCAGGAACUCCGCAACGCCUCCUCCCUCAACGUCCUCGUCGCCGACUCCGAUCCCCCCACCGCAUUCACUCCCUUAUCCCACUUCCUCCCCCACCGUUUCGGCCCCGAAAACCUCCUCUCCAAACACCUCCCUUUCCUCCUCGAGCCUCACCACAAUGGCUUAUCGUUUCUAACAAAUUCUCAACCCAACGGCUUCACCACCACCACCAACAAUUUCGACAGUUUACGUUACGCCGCCUUGGACGCCGCCAACAAGUCGCACGCGCCUUACAGCGGGUGCCCCUCCGGCGUGGCGCUUAUCGACACUGACGGCAACAUACACAAAGGGUCGUACGCGGAAUCCGCCGCGUACAACCCCAGCAUCGGCCCCGCCCAGGCCGCCCUCGUCGCGUAUAUCGCCAACGGCGGCGGCCACGGCUACGAAAAGAUUGUGGCAGCCGUGUUGGUCGAGAUGGAAAGCGCCAUAGUGAAGCAAGAACACGCGGCCAGGUUGCUGCUUCAGACCAUAUCGCCUAAGUGUGAGUUUAAGGUUUUUCUUUGUGUUGGUGGUACUAAAAGGCCCUCAUCAAUAUGAAAUAUGUGUUGUUAUAAAAAUUUAUAUUAAUAACACUGCUUCUUCUUGUGCAUUAAAUGAAUGGAUUCCAGUAGUUUAUUCUGUUGUUGCAUAGUGAGUUAUAGAGAGAGAGAGAGUUAAGACAGCUACAGCUUAGGCAAAAGCAAAAGCAAAGCAGAAACAGUUAUAUAUAUAUAUAUAUGUUAAAUGAAUAUUGUCAUGCAAAUAUUGUGUUGGGAAAUUACUGAAGUCUGUAUUAGAACUUGGAAUCUGUUGCAAAUAUUAUUGCAGCUACUUUCAUUUUCUUGUGAUGUUGUUAAAUCAAAUGUAGUAGCUAUUAUGGAA